AUGCCUUCGGCGGUGUCGAACCAGAGCAACUACUACACCGCCCACCAUCGUCGUCAAUCUUCUCAGUCGCAAACCAACCUGCCAGAUCAGAUCAGAAACCCCGGCCCACAACUCCAGUCGCCUAAUCGAUCAUUGGUAUUCCUCCCCUCUACAGCCUACUCUGCAUCACAGCCUGCGACUCAACGUUCUAGGACGUCAUCACUCUCUAACACGUCAAGGUCAACCUCGAGGCUGGAUUCUGUCACCAAUGAGGAUGUCCAGAAUGACCCACGCGAUUUCUAUCGCCAGUAUCAGGAUCCUUUGGGGAAUUCAUCCCUGGUGGCCCUGCACCAAGAAGCCAUACGAACGGACCCGAUUCAACGGGUAGAAGACCCGCCCGUCACGGCUCGAAAAUCCAGCUUCACCGCCGACGACAGAAUGGCAAGGGGAAUCAAAAACUCGGGGGGUCCUAGGAAGCUAUCGCUGAAUACCCAGACUUUGCCUAACGGGAGUUACGAAGGAGAACAUGCGAAAUCUUCUGGGCCUAUGCCUAAUUCUUUGAAGUCCAGGAAGGCUUCAUUUAAAGAUCUGGUCGCCCGUUUUGAUGCUUCGCCUGACGACGUCCCACCUUUGCCCACACAACAAGUCUCCCGACCCGCCUCGAGAACCGCAAGCCCGAUGCCAUAUGCUUCAGUGGAGAUUUCCCACUCUUAUCACCCGUCAAUUAAGCGAUCGCAAUCAAGAAUGGCAGAUGCUUCGAGGAGAACAGGGAGCGCAUUGGGAUUCAGAGCCGCAUCGAAUGACAAGUCUGGUCACUCCAGAGAUCCGUCCUCUGUUGGCGGGUUGAGUCAAGUAGCCAGCAACCCCGAAGUCCCGGCUGCUGGCCGACAAUUACUGUUUGGUGAGGUACCUUCCUCUGCAGCCAAUCUCCCAGCUGCUCCGGGCUACGGCAUCUACAAUGCUCGCCGGCGACGAGGCUCAGAAGGAUCCCCCAUGCAUAGUCCCAAUCCAAUGUUUCCAGCGAAACGUGGCCAUAUUCAAGCGCCAGGUCUCCCAGUCUCACCUUCGGCGAUGCAAUCCCAUAUGUCUGAGUACGCUUUUAACGGCGAUGCCCAUUUCCGACGUCCACACCGGCGAGCAAGUAGUGAUGUGUCUGGACCGCCUUCGAGGGCCUUCUUGCAAGAUCGAACGCCGUCCCCCAGUGCCCGAGGCGGCAGUCAUAAACAUGCGGCCGAAUCAUCAACGAAAAUAAACGCACAAUCUCGAAUCCCAGUGAGUACAAGACACCAACGUAUCGCAUCAGACUCUGCAACGAUAUCUCCGACUGGUCGUCCAGCUAUUGUCCCUCACCAACAGCUCCCUUUCCGGGCUCUAGAAUCGGGAUUGAAGACAUCAAGUCCUUCUCCAUCAGGAGAGCGAAAGCAGCACAGUCCUAAGCGGCAGCCACGAUCUCCUGUGCAAAUAAAAAGUCCAAAUAACCGUGGGCGCCCCUCUACCACAGCGAAUGGUGAAAAGAGUCCUUCUCUUCGAGCAAAUAUCAUUGCCCCUCCGCCGAAGGUUUCCCCGCCCCUCCGAAGCUCCAGGCCCAGACUCCCCGUGUCCUCUGCCACCACAGCUGCGUCUCGAGCGAAGAUGGCUGAAAAGUUCCAGACCAUGGCCAAGCAACAAAGUGACAGAAAAGCUUUCAGGCGACAGAGACCUCCAGAGCUUAGUGAUAUCGAUCUGAAGGCUCGCCGGCUAAAAAUCACUCAAGCUCUGAGCCGAUCCCGAGAAGGACAGGACCUGAAAGGUGGCAACCCAGAGAAUCGCGGCAACCCGGCCAGUCGGCCAAAUAGUCUGACGCCUUCCUUCGAAGAUUCCGACGGUUCCGACCAGCGACAGGAAACGCUCGAAAUUCCUGCUGUCGUUGUGAAUGAAGCCCCAAUCGACACAUCCGAGGAGCGUGCGUUCUACACCGGCAUCGGAGAGGGCUCACAGGAUCAACGGGCGUUCACCCAAACAGCUUUAAAAAUCGUAGAAGGAAAUGCACAACAUCCGGCUGGUGAGGUGGACUCGCCUACGCUUGGUCAUACUGAGCCUGGCUUCAAUGGAAUUCCGUUCAGCCUGAAUACACAUCUACAACCUACACAUGACGACCAAGAGCCUCAAUCCGCUGUCACAGAGGGUACUGUGGCGACUGAGGCCACCAUGAUCGAUGCCGAGCCGCAAACGGAUACAUCGCGGCUUCAGACUGCUGGGCUGUCACUCCGCAGCCAAAUUAAUGUGCUUCGAAGCCAGGACUCUGCUUCACCCCUGUCGUCCGCUUCCCAGGCGUCCGGCGAGCUUUCUGAUCACGCUGAUCAGGUUUCUGUUCAUCUGAUGCUUCGCGACACAACAUAUCUCGACGACGAUGAAGCUGUCGAGAAAGGUUAUAGGCCCUUGGUAUCUCUGUCUCAGCCGGAGCACACACGCCAGCAAAGCGAAGGAAGGAGUUCGUGGACGUCUUCAAUAGAAGAUACACCCGAAUCCGAGACAGGCGACGAGCCUCACUCCGUUGUCCAACCACCUCCACCGGUCCAGAACGAAGCAGAGGCUGCUCACGUAGAGUCUGAUUCACACUCAGCGUCAGAUCACUUGAGCGUGGGGGAUGGCUCGAAUGGUGAGCACCAUGCAAGUGACGCCUACACGAUAGUGAAUAAAGUUCUCCAGCAGCAAACGUCUUCAGGGGUCGUCGACCAACAGCUCGUAGAUGAUAUUUAUCAUCGCAUCAUUCAGGCUUCGCCGGAUUUGGCCGACGUGGAGAACGUAGAUGAGGAGAGAGUGCAGCGGUUGUGUCUGGAGGAGCUAGAAGAGUAUACUCGUCAAUGGGAUCAGCUCGAAUCUUCACGUCCGCAAUCACCGGAGUCUUUUCAGGCCGAAGCAGAACCAUUGUCCAGUCAUAACACGGGCGAAAACAAUUAUGACAAUAACACCAGAUCCCCAGAGAUUCACGCUUCAAGUCAAGUCACCCAACCGCCGCCGCCAUUGCCACCAUCAAGCUUCCGAGCGCAUCAUCGAUACAAAUCUAGCUUGGACAGUGCAGAAGACUGGGCUGAGACUUCUCCAUCAGUUGGCGAUUGGAUGCAGUUUGCUCUGAAAUCACCGACUGAAGAAAGGCAACCAUCUGCCUUGGCCCACGAGAUCUUCUCAGAGGCUGGAUCAAGAACCUCGACAACCGAAGCCUAUCAGGACGUCAAGCAUGAAGAACUCGAACAGCGGACGGACGAUUCUCUACCAGGGGGUGCUGAAAGCAACAUUCCACGCCCACCAUCUCAUUCUCCACCACCGCCUCCGCUCGUGAAAAUGCCCACCAUUGAUCAGACUUCUUGGUCUGCCCCAACAGGCAUAAGACCAGCCAUGCCCCAAACUGCUCCACCAGCUAGGCCGCUCACAGCAUUUUCUCAGAUAUCUGCCAGAUCAAGCAUGGAUCAGCAGACGAUACAAUCCAGCUCGCAUAAUACUCGGCCCUCAAUCGAUGACCAAAGUCCCGAGCGACGGCGGCUGAAACAAAGAAGACACGUCCUUAAAGAGUUGGUGGACACUGAGUAUACCUACGAAAGAGACAUGAGAGUCUUGUGCGAUAUCUACAAGCAAACUGCUAUUGCCGCCAUAAAUGACGAGGAUAUCAAGAUUAUAUUCGGCAAUGUGGAUCUCGUACAACAGUUUUCCAAAGACUUUCUGGCUUAUUUGAAGCAGGUCGUCAGGCCAGCUUAUAUAAUGGAAAGAUCUGAUCGACGAAAGGACGGCAAUCGAACCUCUACAGUCCAGAGCUCUGCAGCUUCUUUUGAUGGCAGUGGCGAAUUGAACGACUUUGAGCGCGACGAACUUACACGGGUGGGCACCGCGUUUGAAGCGUCACUGGUUGACAUGGAGAAAGUCUAUACCGACUAUAUUCGAACGCGGCAUGCUGCAAACAAGAGGUUGGAGGCGCUGCAGUCGUCAGCCGCUGUACGAGAGUGGCUUAAAGAAUGCAGCGAGAACUCGAGCGACAUUACCAAUGCUUGGAGUUUGGAUGCACUUCUUGUCAAACCAAUACAGCGCAUCACCAAGUAUCCUCUCCUACUCAAUCAGCUUCUGGAGGCGACGCCGAAUACUCAUCCUGACGUCGAAUUUAUCCGCAGAGCUGCUCUUGAGGUGACUGAGGUCAAUGUCCGGAUCAACGAAGUCAAGAAGCAUACUGAGCUUGUCGACCAGGUACUCAACCGCAAGCGGAAAGAGUCCGAUGUUCGAAAUGGCUUGACCAAAGCGUUUGGUCGGCGUGCAGAAAAACUAAGGCAACAUGUGGGCAUCAAUGAAAUAUAUGAGGAUCCAGAGUAUACCAAGCUCAAGAUCAGCUAUGAUAACAACAUUGCGCACCUUUUCUUGGUUACGAAGGACUGUCAGGGCUAUAUCGAAGAGAUCACCAAAUGGGUUAAUCGCCUGUGUGAGUUAGCAGCCGCAGCCGAGGCCUGGGUUGAUGUUGGACACACGAACCACACGCAAGCCGAGAGUAAACUUCGACAGUUUGCUAUUGUUGUUCGAGGCGUCAAUUCGAUUGCACUUCCCGACCACAAUGAGCAGGUCAUACGACGCGUUGUCCAGCCUAUGGAAAAGACGGCCGCGAUGCUGGAGAGGUUUAGAUCAGAUUCCAAAGGACUGAUUCAGAAGCGGGACAAGCGGCUUCUAGACUACAAUCAAUUCAAAAACAAGAAAGACAGAGGCGAAAAAAUUGACAAGAAGAUGACCGAGCGUAUGGAACAAUGGGAAGCUCUGAACCUCGAAGCCAAAGAGAGAAUGAAGCGACUUCUCCGAUCAACGGCUGAUCUUGUUCACGCUUGUCAGGCCAACCUUGUGCAACUGCACCUCAAUUGGUUGGCCAUGUGCCGGCAAAAAUUCUCGGCCGCAAUGGAGAUUCCCUUAGACAAGUUGGAAAAGGCCGAUCUAAUCAAAGACUGGCAAGAAGACUUUGAUUUCCAGGAAGCAACUGCACUGUCCCUGAGCAUCUGCAACGGGUCAUUGCUUGCAGAGGCGGUUAACAUGGUUUCGUUCUUGACUCCCGGGUCGACACUGAUGGGUGAUGAGUCCCCCCGUCAACCGUCAUGGAACAGCGCUCCAAAGCGAUCUGUAUCAACGUCGGAAGAUAUGCCCCCGUUGCCAUUGAAGGACCACUAUCACCGGAACAGUGGAGGCCCCAUGAGUUCUCAAAGUGACGACCACACCGAAUGGAGUUCUUCCACAUUUGCCAAUGGGCGCAUCCGGACCGGCUCAGCUGCAUCUGGACGGAUCCCCAAAACUCCUGAGACAGGAAGUCGAGGUGUCUCUGCAUCUCUUCAUACUGUCAACAGCACGAAUGUAUCUCGACCAGGGACUAGUCCAGGACUCUCGGCAGACAGCAUCCAGCCAGCUCCUCGACUGAGCUUCGAGGCGCCCUCCCCAUCACUCGGUGAAUUAUUAACCGAAUCUCCCAUGGCCGUGCGUCAUGUAUCCUCAUCUACAUUCUAUUCGGCGUCUCCGGGACCAAAUCAGUCACAACUCCAUCUGCCGACCACAAGUGGAGCCAGUAUAUUCUCUUCCGCCAUGCCCAUGGAAGAGAAUGUGGAGGUGGAGACACCACCGACGAAUCCAGAGCCACGAAGAGAGCCCGGGGUUCUGUUCACUGCAGCUAGCGUCUACGAGUUUAAUAUCGACCGCUCCCGGCAGCAAGGCGGGUUCCGUUAUCUCACAUACGUGAUUGGGGAGAUCUUCGACAUUAUUGCUGAACAUGGAGAAUUGUGGUUGGCGAUCAACCAAGACGAUCCGACAAGAGAAAUUGGCUGGAUCUGGAACAAGCACUUCGCUAAAUUGGCGGAAUGA